CAAUGUUCCGUACUCAUCGUGCUCAGAAUAGCUUCGACCGACGGGCGGUACGGCACGGAUUCGAAAACGGCUCGCCGUGGAAAAUCGGAAAAUCGCGAUCGAGCACCGCAUCGAGACAGGGGAGAGAGAGAGUGACAAUAUAUAGAUCUGCGGUGGGGCAGUCGACCGAGUGUGCAUAACAAAAGUGCAAUGGCGUAUCUGGCAGAGUAAACAAACAAAUACCGAUUGAGCAUUUCGCGCAUAGCAAGAGCACCGGCAUCGCGUCGAAAUGGACUUGGACAAGCCGCCCCCAAAGCCUCGAAGGACUCGGCAUCGGCCAGAGGACCGCUUGCACCAGUACGAGUCCUUGCCCACAGCCCCGCCAGCAAUGUGCGGAAGGACGGAGGAGAAUAUCUUUCAGUUUCCAACUGUGGCUUCGCGGGCACGCAAUCUAUCCGCCUCACCGAAAUUCGAGCGGCGGGAGGCCAAGGAUCUUCCCGUGUGUGAGAUGGGCAAGCACUCAUGCUCCAAAUGCCUACCCUACCGAGCAGAUCGCGCCACCAUUGAACCCCUCAAGACCCGUUUGAAUUCAGCUAUCGAGGCUAUGGAUGAACUGACUCGAACGUACGCCUUGCUUGAGGGAUUUCUGGAGCAACGGUUGUCUACCAUCAUGGACAACGAGGACGGCGAACACGAGGCGGAGCAGGAAACGGGAGCGGGUGCGGUGGUGUUAGCGGGAGACCUUCCCUCCCCGAUCCAAAAAGUAAGCCACCAUCCACCGGUGUUAGCGGAGGAGAUUCCCCCCACGAGCCAAAAAGUAAGGCACCAUCCACCGGUGUUAGCGGGAGAUCUUCCCUCCACGAGCCACAAAGUAAGGCACCAUCCAGCGGUGUUAGCGGAGGAGAUUCCUCCCACGAGCCAAAAAGCAAGGCACCAUCCACCGGUGUUAGCGGAAGAGAUUCCCCCCACGAGCCAAAAAGCAAGGCACCGUCCGCCCCCAAAACCAGCAACCUCUCCAACCGGCUCUCGAGAUACCGAAUUCCAGCUGGAACAUUCACUAACCUAUUUGGAAUCCUUGCUUGGAACAGAAAUAGUACCACCUUUCAAACAGGGAAAGUUCAAGCGAAUCCGAGAGCGCAGCAAGUCCAUGAUGGAUGAAGACCUCAAUGUGUUUAUGAAACCCGAGCGUGUCACCAAAUCGGCAUCCUCCUCGCGCCCGUAUCUUUUGAGGAGGCAGAGCACCUACUCCGACAACAAAGCCAAGGUGUCCAAGUGGACUAAGGUGAAAGCGGCCUUUAAAUGGGAGCGAGCCAAUGUUCCACCCUCAGGACCAGGAGCGCCAGAAAAUAGUAUUCUGAUGCCCCUGAAUCAUGAAGUGGAGAGGUACCUAAAAGUUCCAAUUACCGUGGCAGCCGGAAGCAGUUCCGCUGAUAGCAUCAUUAGUUCCUCCUCCGGCCAUAUUGUUAGCGAUACAGGUGGUACUCCGGGAACUAUAAGUUCGGCAAGUUCGAUGGAUGAUCUCGAGACAGGCAGUCGCCAUAACUUUCGUCGUGACUCCUCCAAGAGCGACACACGCUGCGACUCCCGAACCUCAAACUACGAAGUGGAACUGCGGAAAUCCGCCACCGAUGAACGACUGGACAAUAUUCGAUCAGCGGCCCCACCAUUACCUGCAAAGUCCUCGUCCAGUAAGUCGUUGCGACGGUCCAAGGCCUUCUCAGAUUUUGAGGUUCUGCCAGAGGACCAUGUGGCCGAGAUCAAGUCCACUAGUAGCCGGCGCCAGAAGUUGCCUCCCAGUCCUCUGAAUCUCAACCAGGUCAACCAGAUGUGCAGUGAGCUGCCGCAGCUGCAUUCUCCGCUGAAGAGCCCCAAGGAAUCGCGAAUGCGUCGUGUCCACUCGCCGGGAAAUUCCUCUGUGCCCAGCAGCCCUUCCAGGCACUCGGAUUUCUUUGGAGAAUUCGAAAGCGAAGAUCUAUCCAGUGGCGAUUUCUCGGAGCCCACCACGCCAAAUCGUAAGAAUUUCCUACAAAACGAGAAUGAUGAGGUAUUUCAACAUUAUCAACUUCUCGUACUCAAACUAGAUUCGGAGUUUAAGAACAAGCAAAGCGAGUUCGAGCGAUCCAGCGCCAAUAACCGCAGUGUUAAGCUGUGCUCUGGAGCGACAGGUGGAGGAUCUGGGAGUGGCAAGCGCAGCAGUGAGGAACACUCUCCCACACAACUUCUGCACAGUGAGCUCAUGUCCACCGCCCAGCUGGAGCAGAAUCUUACGCCGCAGUUCAAGAAGAAGCUCCAUAAGUGGCGGGCCAAACAGCAAAGCUGUUCCGCCGCCGGGGCAUCCUACGCUUCCUCGGAGCCGGCGACCAGUCCCUCGGCCAAGAGUCACAGUGGAGAGGCAAAGCCAAAGAUUGACUGGAACUUGUGGAGCACGGGUCAGGUGAAAUUGGAGGGCCAGGGCUUGUGUGCAUUGCCCGAUCAGAAGGAUUUGCCAGAAAAGUUUCAGAAAAAGUUGGAACAAUGGAAUCGCUUAAAGUGUACUCCUGGCGGAGGCACCACUUCCGACACUGAUUCCCUGAAACGUGGUUCCAAGCACGGCCAGUCCACAAGGAGAGGCUCCGACGAUGAUCGAUGGUACAAGACCAGGCCACACGACAGGGAGAAAUUGUCGCGUCUUAAGGCUAUUGUGGCACCCGAUCAUUCUUCCAAAAAGAUCGAGGUCAAGACUUCAGAUGGUGAAGUGAUGAUGUUCGAGGGUAUAUCGAGGAAGUUUACCCGAAAACUUUACGAGUGGGAGAAGGCCAGGGGGAUAGGACCGGAAGCCUCGACUUUUGCCCUCCUCCAUCCUGGAUACUGUCCCAUCGAUGUCCAUCGCAUCAAUAAGGAGUGCAACAAGGCUGCGGCAGAGCACUCACCCACUCUAAGUCGAUCCCUUUCCCUGGACAGCGUGUCACCCAAUUGCAAUCCUGCGCCUGUCAUCUCCCAGCAGGCCUCUUCCCUGUCCCUCAACGAUGUGAACGAUUUGAAGGAGAUCGAGGAUAGUACUGAUGCCCUCACUGAUCACGAGUUUAAGAAGUACGACGAGCCGGAGGCAGUGAUGGUUGAGGUCGAGGAACACAUCCAUGACACCGCCUCGCCGCUGGUAACCGCGCAUACAUUGGUGGAGCAACAGACGCCCAUCUACAAGUACGAGGAAGUGCAGUGCAAUGACUAUGUAAAUUCGCGUCGCGUGCAAAGCUUCGAAUCGCACACGAAUUUGGCUCCAUUGCUGGGUGCACUGAAACGUGCCGAUGAACUGUUCGGAAACCUAAAGAAUGCCUCGCCGGACCUCAUGGAGCACCCCUCCAUGCGGGACUGCCAGGCCGCAUUGCUGAGCAUUCGUAGCAUUUAUCCAUACUACUCCAAUAACCUGAUGAAGGCGGGCGUGCUCAAUGCCAUAUCGGAUGUGCAAAGCGAACUGGGUCGUCUAGCCGAACUGAGUGAAAAAGCUCCGUUAGAUGAGGCCUGCUGCCAGGAAACAAUGCAGGAACGCAAUCUGGAGUAUCUGGAGGAGUUGCAGGGCCUACUGGAGUCGCUGCAGUGCCUCAAGUUGGGCAUACAGGGCGGCACCAAUCGCUUUCCUCGCGAUAUUGUCCCAGAUAUCAACAUCACCAGUGAGGAUGGUCAGCAGGUUGAUUCCAGUUCGGCCUAUGCCACUUGUGAUAAUUCUAGUCGGGAUCUCUUGGCCCUGGAUGAGAACAGUGCCAGUGCCGCAUCGCCGAUGGAGCAUGAAACGGAGACGAGCACCACCACUGGUACGCUCUGCCGAUCUACAGUGCCAUUGACUAGCUCCAAUCCCAAUGGCGGUGUCAAUGGAAAUGCAAGUGCCAAGAAGAAGAUGCUGCGUCUUCGGAAGAUGGGCUCGCGGCAGAACAGUAAGACCGAGAGCGACAGCAGCGAUGCAGAUGCCCAUUCCGUCCUGGAGACACCGCGUCGGAUGCGUCGCAAAAACUUCCGGCUGAAGCAGCGAUCCUUGGAUGAUGACUUCCGACUGGGUUCGCCGGCGAAUGAAUCGGAGAUUCCCACACCUAGAGAGGAGAUUGUCUACGGCUCACUAAAGGUCAAGCCUGGAGAGCUCAUUGAAUCGAGCCAAACGGUAGCCCAAGCACCAGAUCCUACUCCUUCUACUGUGCCUGCUCCAUCUACAGUUCCUACUUCAUCUAUAGCUGUAAAGCCACUGGCUGAUGUUGUUCCAGCCAAAAAACCAGGUGGCUUUGUGCCUCCGCCCUUACCGGAGCCCAAGAGCAGAAACUACAACUCCAAUGUCAAUGUUUUUGUGAAAACCAAACGCAAACUGUUCACCACCAUCCACAAGCCAAGUGCAUCCGAGGGCGUUGCUGUGAUCGCAAAGGAACUGGACAGUCCGGUGGACGAGAAACCUGACCGUCUGGAGAAGUUCAAGAAACUUCCGCGGCUUCUUAGUCUCUACAAGUCCAUUAGUUUGGAAAGAAUCUCCCCGUUCCCCCACAAGGAGCCGUUGCCCAAGUCUCAGAGCAGCGAUAACAUGGGACGGGUAACUCUCUUGGUGCGUCCUCCCCUGGCAAGUGACAGUAUGCAAAGAUUAACGGAGUCGCGAUCACAAGGAGAGUCAGUCAAUCCUCCCGUGCCCCCGAGAAAAGCUCAUCUCUACAAGAAGAAUUCUCUGCACAAGUCACACAGUGCCACUGUAACUAACAAAAUCGAACACAAGAUAGCCAAGACCAGCUCCGGGUCCACGUUCUCCCGGGCACAUUCGCCUCCCCCGGCCCCGGCUCCUCUGAUUCUGCCCAAUCGGCAGGACAACACAUUGCCGCGAAUUCAGCGGAAGCAUCCAAAUACUCCGACCAAGGCAAAACAGUUUGAAUUCCCACCACCCCAGAUUCUAGCGCCUACGGAGCGUCCAGUCACACCUCUUUCGGAGCGGGCCAUACGCCUCCAGUUGGCCAAGGCGCAGUUCCUACAGAGUGCUCCGGUCACUCCGCGCCAGGAACCCCUUACGCCUAAAAGUGAAACCGUGGAGGCAGUUGUGCUCAAGAAAAGCAUCAGUGCGGGCAGCAUGCGUGGAGCUAGUGUUGUCCAGGAGGCGGAAGCAAGGCAUCAAGAUGCAUCCACCGACCACGAGAGUGUCAGCACCUCUAGUGCCUACGACAGCCUGCCGAGAAGAGUGAGUCGGAGUGCCAAGAUAUCUAGUAAACUGGGCUUCGCCACGCUCACCUCAAAGUUACGCCGGGGUCACAAGAAGUCCAAGGAUACGCCCCCACCCCCAGGACCAAGCAGCGCCCUGUCCGCCCUCUGCCGGCAAACGCUGAUGGCCGAUGUGAUCGCCAUUCCGCAGGCAUUCGCCGGAGAGAAACCACCGCCAAGUCCCACAAACCGUAACGUGCUCAAGUCCCAGAGUACACCGCAAGCCGCCGGACCUCCAACCGUGCAAUUUGACGGAAUAAAUAAGUCCUUGAGUGAGCAGUAUGUACGCCAGCUCAAGGAGAGCGAUGUCUAGUCGAAGAAGCCCCAGUCUCAAGUCCAGAAUCUAGUCAUAGGAAUAAAUCUGUAAGCCCUCUGAGGGUCGCGAAUAUUUAAAUGCAUUUUAUAAAACAGGAAAAGUGUCAUAUUAAAAAAAUUGUAAAAGAAUAUGUUUUUUUUUUAAAUGUGUAACCUAAUAAAAACUAACAAAUGCUAUGUAAAUUAUUUAAGAAACAUGUGUGUUUAAUUAAAUAA